AUGGUUCUCAAGGCUGGCGACGAGUUCCCCGAGGGCGUUUCCUUCACCUGGAUUCCCCCGGCGCCCGAGACCUCUGAGUUCUCGGCCUGCGGCAUGCCCAUCAAGUACAACGCCUCCAAGGAGUUCAAGGACAAGAAGGUCGUCAUCUUUGCCCUCCCCGGUGCCUUCACCCCGACCUGCUCUGCCUCGCACGUCCCCGGCUACAUUGCCAAGAAGGACGAGCUCAAGGCCAAGGGCGUCGACCAGGUCAUCUGCCUCGCCUAUAACGAUGCCUAUGUCAUGUCUGGCUGGGGCAAGGCCAACGGCGUCUCUGACGAGUUCCUCAUCUUCGCCUCCGACGACCACGCCACCUUCUCUAAGGAGUUCGGCUGGAUGGCCGAGGACGGUGAGCGCACCAACCGCUACGGCAUGAUUGUCGACCACGGCAAGGUCACCUACGCCGAGCUCGAGCCCCACCUCCAGGCUCUCGAGGUCUCGAGCGCCGAUGCCGUCCUCAAGGUCCUCUAA